AUGUCGUCUUCCAAGGCUCAAUCCCCCAGGAGGGGCCGGCCAGUGCCCAACAUUGACCAAAGUAAAUCUUCUACUCAGUCGGUCAGCAAGCAGACUCGCACUCUGUCUGGCAGCACGUAUCGAAAUAGUUCCGUCAAUCGCGACAAGGGAGUCACCACCGAGCGUUCACCACUGUUGUCCUCCAACAGCGACGAUGACGGCUUCGCCGACGGCAAUACGGUUAUGGAUGAGCAGGACGACCUGCAGCAAACCAAAAGCGUUUGGUACCUGAUCCUCCUCACAAUCAGCAUUGGAGGCCUGCAAAUCGCGUGGUCUGUCGAACUAUCCAACGGGUCGCCGUACUUACUCUCUUUGGGACUCAGCAAGUCAUUGAUGGCCUUGGUCUGGAUUGCUGGUCCCCUUACCGGAACUCUGGUUCAGCCCUAUGUCGGCAUGCUGAGUGACAACUGCCGUCUCCCGUGGGGCAAGCGGAAACCAUUCAUGCUCGGCGGAGCCAUUGCAACCAUGAUAUCCCUGAUGUUUCUGGCCUGGACGAAGGAGAUUGUCGGCGGCUUUUUGGGACUUUUUGGCGCAGAUCCAGAGUCCCAAGGAGUCAAGAACGCCAUUAUUUCCGUUGCUGUGAUUGGCAUAUAUGUUCUCGAUUUUGCCAUCAACACCGUACAAGCCGCCAUUCGAGCCUUCAUUGUGGAUUGUGCCCCAGCGCACCAACAGGAGGCGGCCAACGCUAUGGCUAGUCGCAUCACUGGCUUUGGCAACAUUAUUGGAUACAUCGCCGGCUACGUCAAUCUGCCGAAAUAUGUGUGGUUUUUGGGCGACACCCAAUUCAAGGUGCUAUGCGCGAUUGCGAGCAUCGCCCUUGGCUCAACCAUCUUGGUGAGCACAACUUUGAUCCACGAGCGGGAUCCCCGACUCGAGGGCCCGCCAGCUCAAGACAAGGCCGGCGUCAUUUCAUUUUUUGGGAAGAUAUUCACUUCCAUCAAGCGAUUGCCCCCUCAGAUUAAGAGGGUUUGUCAAGUUCAAUUCUGCGCGUGGAUCGGCUUUUUCCCUCUGCUCUUCUACACUUCAUCAUACAUUGGAGAAAUCUAUGUUGAGCCUUACCUAGAGCAGAACCCGCAUAUGACUCCCGAAGAACUUGAUAAACUCUACGAGAGGGCUACGCGAGUUGGAACAUUCGCUUUGCUUAUCAACUCCAUUGUCAGUUUAGCUACGAACGUCUUCCUCCCGUUCUUCAUCGCCCCCACAUACGACUCCCACCCCAUUCUUUGUGACGCGCCGGGGGAAACAGAUGGCGUCCCGAAAGAUUACGACGACGAGAAACCCUCCGCAUUAGAUCGCCUUCAGAUCCCUGGGUUUACGCUCAAAAAGGCCUGGUUUGCAUCCCUGUGGCUCUUUGCAGGCGCAAUGUUUUGCACCGUCAUUGUUCGCACCGUCGAGGCGGCGACAGCACUGAUCGGUCUGGUUGGUAUCACCUGGGCGAUGACUCUUUGGGCUCCAUGGGCCAUUAUCAGCGCUGAAAUCAGCCGUCGCGAUGCAAUGCUCCGCGCAGCAAGACAACGACACAUGAGCCCGAGCAGGCGCUCAGACGGUCCAUCAUCACCCUCGUUGAACUCCAUUGCUGAUUCAAACCGAUCCGUGCUCAGCGAGGGCGAGGAGACGGACCAGGCCGGCGUUAUCCUUGGCAUACACAAUAUGGCCAUCGCAGCACCCCAGAUUAUCGCUACCGUCGGCUCAAGCAUCAUUUUCCGCAUCUGGCAGAAGCCUCGCGGUACCCCAGGCGAUCACUCGAUAGCCAUCGUCCUAGCUCUAGGAGGCAUUGCGGUUUUGAUAUCGUCUUUCUUCGUCGCCAGCAUCAAGGAGAGCUCCUCUAUGCCCGCGGAUGCCAUGGUUAUAGCGGAGGAGGGUGACUCUGCGGGUGCAGGAAGUCGCCCGGGAACUGCCCGCAGCCGCAACAAGAGCUACGAGCAACUCCCGCGCGUGAGCAUCAAGCGCGCCACACUUACUAGGAACAAGAGUUUUGGAGGCGCCGAGUACUAG